AUGGCAGCUUACUCAAUCGAGAUUUGUCGAUCAGAACACCAUGCACUUGGGUUAUCAAUUGUAAGCACUGCUUGGGGCUUAGGUCUUAUUGUUGGCCCAUCCAUUGGAGGCUACUUGGCACAGCCUGCACGGCAAUAUCCAAACAUAUUCUCUGAGAAAUCAAUUUUUGGGAGGUUCCCGUAUCUCCUGCCAUGCCUAAGUAUUUCCAUUUUUUCUGCUGUCGUUCUAGUAAGCUGCAUAUGGUUACCGGAGACACUUCAUAAGCACAAGAUUAUAGACAAUGAAGUAGAAAUGUCCGGAGAUUCAAGGACUCCGCAAACAGAAGAUAUACAUCCAGAAAAGAGUCUAUAUAAGAACUGGCCAUUGAUGUCUUCAAUCAUUGCGUACUGUGUUUUCACGCUUCAUGACACUUCAUACACUGAGAUACUUUCCUUGUGGACCGUAAGUGACAGAAAGUAUGGUGGGCUAAGCUUUUCUUCUAAGGAAAUUGGUCAAGUUCUUGCAAUUUCAGGUGCUGGACUUAUUGUGUAUCAAAUAUUCAUCUAUAGACCAGUCCACAAAUAUCUCGGAAGUGUAAAUUCAUGUCGUGCUGCAUCUGCCCUAUCCAUACCACUUAUCGCUGUUUUUCCCUUCAUGAAGCACCUGUCAGGAUUAGAACUUGGAUUAGCUCUUUAUUUUGCUACUAUUUUGAAAGCUGCUCUUGGGAUAACUAUCCUGACAGGCACUUCACUUCUUCAGAACUAUGCUGUGCCACAACAUCAAAGAGGCGCCGCAAAUGGCAUAGCGGCGACUGCAAUGUCCUUCUUUAAGGCCAUUGGUCCAGCAGGAGCAGGCGCUUUAUUCUCAUGGACCCAAAAACGCCAAGAUGCUUUCUUCUUUCCAGGGGAUCACAUGUUGUUCUUCAUUCUGAAUGUGCUCCAAUGUAUUGGGCUCGUGCUGACCUUUAAGCCAUUCCUAGCAGUACCCAAACACUAUAAGUGA